AUGGCUCUCUUCACCAUCGCCAUCCUCCUCACAAUUCUGCCGUCGCUCGUACACUCCGUCUCCUUCAAGUUCGCAAACUUCAGCCCCAACAUGAUCAACAUCAACUUCCAGGGCGACUCCUUCUCCUCCAGCGGCGUCCUCCAGCUCACCAAGAACGCCGUGGGGGAGAGCCUGAGAAGGAGCGCCGGCCGCGCCACGUUCCGUCAGGUCAUCCCUCUGUGGGAUUCCAAAACAGGGGAGCUGACGGACUUCACCACGCACUUCACAUUCACCAUGAAAGCAACCAACCUGACCAAACGCUACGGCGACGGAAUGACGUUCUUCCUCGCCCCGGAAGGCUCCGAGAUCCCGGCAAACUCCACCGACGGGUUCCUCGCCCUGUUCGGCCCCGACACCGCCCUCAACGCCACCAGGGACCACCAGAUCGUGGCGGUCGAGUUCGACAGCAAUCGGAACUCCUGGGAUCCGAGCGACGAUCACGUCGGGAUCAACGUCAAUUCGAUCCGCUCCGUCGAGUCCAAGGCAUGGAACAGCAGCAUCAAGGACGGCAGGAUGGCCAACGCCUGGGUGAAUUACAAUUCCACCACCAAGAACCUGAGCGUCUACCUCACCUACGCCGAAAACCCCGUCUACAACGGAACCUCCAGCCUUUCGUACGCCGUGGAUCUGCGCGAAGUCCUGCCCGAAUUCGUGACCGUCGGCUUCUCCGCUUCCACGGGGAUUUCAACUCAGAUCCACAACGUUUUCAGCUGGGAAUUCGAUUCCACCUUGGAGACCCCGACCCCGAAAACCUCCAAAUUACCGGGAGUAGCGAUCGGCUUGGGAGUAACGUUCGGCCUGUUGAUUGCUGGAUUCGUCCUGGUUCUGUUCCUCUACCGGAGAAUCAGAGCUUGCAGAGGAAACGACGAGGACGGAAUCGACGUGGCGAUGGACGACGAAUUCGAAAAGGGGACCGGACCGAAGCGAUUCAGCUACAGGGAACUGAGCCGGGCGACGGGCAAUUUCGCGGAUUCGGGGAAGCUCGGGGAAGGAGGGUUCGGCGGAGUGUACAAGGGCUUGCUCGGCGGCGGCCAAUCCGCCGCGGUGAAGAGGGUUUCGAGAGGAUCGAGGCAGGGGAAAAAAGAGUACAUCUCCGAGGUGCGGAUCAUCAGCAGGCUGAGGCACAGGAACCUUGUGCAGCUGAUCGGUUGGUGCCACGAGAAGAGCGAGCUGCUCCUCGUCUACGAGUUCCUCCCCAACGGCAGCCUCGACCAGCACCUGUUCGGCGAGAAAUUGAUGCUCAACUGGUCCGUCAGGUACAAGAUCGCGCUCGGGCUGGCGUCGGGGCUGCUGUACCUCCACGAGGAGUGGGAGCAGUGCGUCGUUCAUAGAGAUAUAAAGUCGAGCAAUGUGAUGCUGGAUUCGCAAUUCAACGCGAAAUUGGGCGAUUUCGGGCUGGCGAGGCUGGUGGACCACGAAUUGGGCUCGCAGACGACGGUGCUGGCCGGGACGAUGGGGUAUUUGGCGCCGGAGUGCGUGACGACGGGGAGGGCAAGCAAGGAAUCGGAUGUUUACAGCUUCGGAGUGGUGGCGCUGGAAAUUGCAUGCGGGAGGAGGCCUGUGGAUCCGAAGCAGGAGCUGAGGAAGGUGAGGCUGGUGGAGUGGGUUUGGGGUUUGUACGGGAGCGGGCGGAUUCUUGAGGCGGUGGACUGGAGGCUGGCGGCGGCGGCGGCUGGGGGCGGCGGGGAGGGGGAGUUCGAUCGGGAUCAGGCGGAGCAAUUGAUGAUUGUGGGGUUGUGGUGUUGUCAUCCUGACGAGGCGAAUCGGCCGUCGAUCAGGCAGGUGAUUGGGGUGCUCAAUUUUGAUGCUCCGCGGCCGAGCCUGCCGUCGAAGUUGCCGGUGCCGAUGUACUACGCGCCUCCGCUGGAUCUGUGUAGGUUCACGUAUAAUACGACGACGACGAAGGACGGGGAAGUAGGGAAGACGGAUGUUUCGUAUCCGAGUUACACGACGGGGUCGUCGACCGGGUCGGCAUGGUCCGGCGACGCGCUGCUGGUUUCGCGUAAGGACGAUGGGGUUCCGGCGGCGAAUCCAGGGAAGAUUGGCUAG